UCCGGCCUAGUUUACGGCCGCCACUGCCGUAUUUCCUGGGACGCCCGUGUCUGAGCGUUUUGUACUUGCUGGUGGUGGCUCGCCACUUUGUGCUAGGGACUUGGGCUGUGAUGAACCGCGAUCCCGGUGGAGGUAGGGGAGCUGAACAGGAGCCAUGGCUAGUACAGUGGUAGCAGUUGGACUGACCAUUGCUGCUGCAGGAUUUGCAGGCCGUUACGCUUUACAAGCCAUGAAGCAUAUGGAACCUCAAGUAAAACAAGUUUUUCAAAGUCUACCAAAAUCUGCCUUCAGUGGUGGCUAUUACAGAGGUGGGUUUGAACCCAUGACAAAACGGGAAGCAGCAUUGAUACUAGGUGUAAGCCCUACUGCCAAUAAAGGAAAAAUAAGAGAUGCUCAUCGACGAAUUAUGCUUUUAAAUCACCCAGACAAGGGAGGAUCUCCUUAUAUAGCGGCCAAAAUCAAUGAAGCUAAAGAUUUACUAGAAGGUCAAGCUAAAAAAUGAAGUAAAUGUAUGAUGAAUUUUUAAGUUCUUGAUUAUGUAUGUGAGUACUAGCUUUUUAUAAUAAAAUGCCUCAAAGCUACAAAUUCUUUAAGUGAUUUAGGACAAGCUAAAUCAAAGCUUUGGCUUAAAUUUGAGGAUAUUAAAUUAAUUAUAGAAUAUUUGCGGGUUAAUACAUGAUACAGAUAAAACAUACUAUUCAAAUACAAUUUUUUGUUACUCAUUUGGCAAGUAAUCCAGUACCUAUUUCAAGGCAAAGUGAACAAAGAGUCCCUGCUCUCAAGGAGUCUCCAAUCUGAUGGGAGAUUGAUAAACUGAUAAAUAAAAUACAGUGUGAUAAAUAUUAUGAUGGAAUUAGCAAAAGUUUUUAGAGUAGGAACUCAUCUAACUAGGAAGGAAGGCUGUUCAAAGAACAGAGGAUUCCCCUAGCCAAUUCAAAGUGAAAUUUAGCCACAACUUUAACCUAAGAAAUUGAUCUAGGUAUGUAUUUAUCUCUGGUUUCAUACAUUAAAAACUGUAACAAUAUGAUAAAGA